AUGUCUGAGCAGGAUCGAUGGUGUGCCCGUGGCGACGCCUUAACGAGAUCCAUCGUUUGCCGCCAGCCAAAUACCAAUUCCUUCCAGAUGCCCGUGUAUCUCCCAGGAGGAUGCCCGUGUCUCGGUGGUGUCCGUGUCAAGAAGAGGAGCCGCAUCAAAGGUUGCCCGUGGCUGGGCCUUAACGAGGUCUCCGAGGCGGCGUCUUCAAGCCUUAACGAGUUCGAGUCUUAA